AUGAAACAGGAUUUGCAACUCGGUAAUCUCACCAGCGACGAGCUCCGGCGAGCCGAAGAGGCGCUAAUCAAAACAGCUCAAAAUGAAAUUUAUGCAGAGGAAAUCGCUAUACUUAUCAAGUCGCAAGGAUCACCUGAAAAUCGCCACGCCACCGUGGACAAAUGCAGCUCAAUCUACACUUUGUGUCCCUUUCUGGACGAGAAGAGCAUUUUGCGUAGUCGUGGUCGAAUCGAUGCUGCACCGUAUGCGUCGAUCGAAGCUAAGUUUCCAGCCAUCCUGCCUAAUCAACACCUAAUCACUUUCCUUAUUGUAGACUGGUAUCAUCGCCGUUUCCGUCACGCCAACCGAGAAACUGUCUUCAACGAAAUUCGCCAACGAUUCCAGAUAUCCGCACUGAGACGACUGUUGGACAAAAUUGAACGCGCGUGUGUCGUCUGUCGUCUAGCGAAGGCAACCCCGAAACCACCAGCGAUGGCUCCACUGCCCGAGAUGCGCUUGACAGCAUUUAUUCAACCCUUCACAUUCACCGGGUUGGAUUACUUCGGGCCAGUGCUCGUGAAAUCAGGUCGAAGCAACGUGAAGCGCUGGGUGGCGCUAUUCACCUGCCUCACGAUUAGAGCAGUGCACCUAGAGGUGGUGCAUUCAUUAAGCACGGAUUCUAGCAUUAUGGCUGUGCAACGUUUCGUGGCACGCAGAGGUCUACCGAGAGAAUUCUGGACAGACAAUGCCACAUGUUUCCAAGGUACUAGCAAUGUGCUUAAGGCACAAAUAGAGGCAAGAAACAAAGCUCUGUCCAGUAAGUUCACGACCUCGCAAACGGCAUGGAAAUUCAUCCCCCCAUCAGCCCCGCACAUGGGAGGUGCGUGGGAGCGACUAGUCCGAUCGGUGAAGGUAGCUAUCGGAGCAGCCCUAAAUGGGCCGCGCAAACCUGACGACGAAACCCUGGAGACCAUUCUUUUGGAAGCCGAGGUCUUGAUCAACUCCAGACCUCUUACAUUUAUUCCGUUGGAGUCUGCCGAUCGAGAGGCAUUAACGCCCAACCAUUUUUUGCUAGGCAAUUCUUCUGGAGAAAAAUUUAUACCCACUGAACAGAUGAACAUUCACUUAACGCUCCGUAAUAGUUGGAAAUUGGCAAGAUAUAUUACUGAUGAUUUCUGGCGCAGGUGGCUUAAAGAGUACCUUCCUGUGAUCACACGGAGAAGCAAGUGGUUCAAGGACGUGAAGGACUUAGCGGUUGGCGACUUAGUGUUGGUGGUUGACGGAAAGGCGAGGAACCAGUGGCUACGUGGAAGAAUCGAACGUAUAAUACCCGGACGAGACGGCAGAGUGCGGCAGGCGUUAGUGUGGACUUCAACGGGGAUUCUGCGUAGACCAGCCGUGAAAUUGGCUGUACUGGACGUCGAGACGAAUAGUAAACCAGGAUUCGGUGCUUCACAGGUUUCGGACACUCACCAAGGUUUACGGGUGGGGGUAUGUAACGACGGGACCCCUCAUCGUAGUAACGCUACUGUUAACAGUGCAGAUGUCAAAAGUGAUAACGUCGCCGAGUGA